AUGCUAGCUAGUCAGUGUACUACCUACCGGCUACUAGUCAUUAGUUUUUCUUGCGAUGAUGUGCUCACAUUGGCAAAUUGGAAUUGGCAGAGUUGGCAAAUACCGCACCACGGCCAAAGGUUAACGACUCGCAAGCUGUCAAGAAUCACUACAAUGCAACGAUGCGCUGAAUCAGUGAAGACAUUCUCUAUCAAUAAUCCAUCAUGGAAUCAUCUGGUGCGCGGAUUUUAUAUGUGGAUUGUUCAGCGCUUGAGUUCAAAACCGCGCUCAUUGGUUUCCUACCAACAAUUGUGCUUGCUAUUCGAUCACCCAAAGCAGAGCUUGUAGCUGGCUUAUCUUAUGAUACGAUGUCUUGGAAAUGGUGAAGGCAGAAUCAGAGAAAGAAGGGAUUUUUCGUGACGAAUGUGCCGCAGCCGAAUUCAUUCUAACACAAUGGAGAAGUGUUCUUGGUGUUGAUGAGGGAGUCCUCGACUGUUUCGACUUUCUAUUGUAACAUGGACAUCAAUCUCGUGUUAAUCAUGUGCAUUUAGUCAGUGUCUACUUCAAUGCUUGUAAUACUUACGGCAGUAUGAGUAUGAUGCUUUAUGGCUAUAAGUAGCUGCCAAUACGUUCUACUCCUUAUUUUUGUCACAACUAAUAAAACUAUACAAUCAGAAA